UGCGUCAGUCGGUCCGUCGGUACAUCGGUGAAGACGCAGCUUGCGGCGUCACGACGGGACGACGGUGCUGCGAGACGAACGAUAAGAAACGCAGGCACCGCGCACCCCCCGAUCGGAUCGGUAAUUCCACAAUCAACCGGAAAUAUCGACGUACACCGUAGACAGGCUACCGAGAGAAAAGAUCGACUCGCCAAAUCCACCGACACCAAAGAAUUGUAACGAAAUUACACCGCCUACCCUUACUCCUGACGCACGAAUCGCCUCUCAUCCCCCAACUUAUUCCCCGUACUCUUGUUGUCCGAACGAACGUUUCCCAUCGAGUGUUACGCGUAGCGGGUCCUCUCUCCGGUUAAUCGCGUCCAUAUCCGCAAGUAAGCGUAUCCAGUUAUACAUAAUCAUUUAUUCGUUUACUCGAAUUUUUUUUAUGUUAUUUAUUUAUUUGUAUUUAUUUAUUUAUUUAUUCGAUAAUUUAUUCAUACAUUCACCUAUUUAUCCGUUGAUCCAAAUAUCUGCCAAUUGGUGAAUUUUCCGAUCAGAGUUGGUCAUAAUUUGUAGUAACUAUUUAUUUUGAAGCUGCAGCCUGCACAUAUGCCAAUUAUUGUACGUGUAUUGCAUACCUGCGCUUAUAGUUGUAAAAAUUCCCAGUUCACCAUCCCGUGCAUCUUCCUGCAUAAAUUCCCAUACCUCGACACAGUGCACACCCGUUGAACGCUCGCGGUGGAUCAACCCCAUCAACGCCUACGUACAAUCAAUCGGUCGUCGAUGGCUUGAGGAAUAAAUCUUCGGUCAGGGGGAUUAUUUCAAGUGCAGUGUGCAGUGUACCGUGUGGGGUCGAAUAAUAAAGAUAUCAGGCUCGCGUAUACAGGCGAAGCGCGUCACGCGGCAGACAGGCGAAAAACGCAAGAACGAGAAAGAAAAAACGCAAGACCGAGGAAGACAAGGAAGACCGCAGGCGGAUACAGAGUUAUUUCGAGCUAUCGAGCCUCGCUACCAACGGCACGAUGAGGAUGAGAGACUCUGUCGUUUACACACCCGUCUCCAUCGGCCCGGACACCGACGACGAAGAUACGCUGGUCAACGCGGAAGUCUACAUCAACGAUCUCGCGCAAAUCAAAGCGCUGGUUGAGUCCUCGUCGGGAAUCGGAGGGUCGAUUUGCCCAUCCUGCGAAAUGCCCUUCGACAAAGGGAAGAAGCGACGCCUGAUCGACGACUGCGGGCACGAGCGGUGUUACUCGUGUACCUUCCGGAGCGAGACGUGCCCCCUGUGCGCGGUCCAAGACUCCAGGAGGCCGGGUGCCUUCCAAAGUACCCUCGAACGUACCAACCGGACCAUAUUUGACAGAGGUUCCACCUCGCAGCUAUGCACGAGGCCGUGCAGCCGAGAGCAAACGCCGAUCUCUGCAACGAGUGCCAGGGCUCGCACGCGCGAAGACGUCGAAGAAUGGAUCGAAGAUACGACCGCCGUCAACGUUCUGUGCGGCGGUCAUAGGACCAGAGUCAAAAUCGACGAGAACUUGACGCCGUUCGUUCAGUCGCAUGCAGACGUCACAUCGCCACUCCCGACCAAGGGGCCGAAGGGGUUGAAAGGAAAGCCACCUAGGACUCCGACGGACAUCCUAUCGAGGUGCUGCUCGCCCAAUCCCCAGCAAAAGGCCAACAUGUCGCAAAGCUGCCCAACACCUCCCCAGCACAGAAGAAGAUUCUUCCUCAGUCCCAAAGUGCUCAGAAGUCCCUUCGGCCAGAAAAAUUCUUCCGCCCAUCAGCGGGCUGCCACGCCGGAGCUAAGCAAUGACAAUCCAUCUGCCUUGUCAGCAUGGAUGACAUCCUCGUGGGAAGGCAAAUCGCGAUGGCCUGGGCUUGUCCUCGGAAAGAUCAAGUCGCUAUGGAGCAGUAGCGAGGGCACGACCAGCGAUGGGUUGAACCAACUGAUCAGUUCAACCGAAAAAAACACAGAUGACGAAGGCGCCAACGUUAGGCCACUUUCGUCGAGAACGAAAAAAUGUUUGCAGUCCGAUCUCUACAUGAGAUUAGGUCUGCUACUUGGAGGAAACUCUCGGAGCGUCGUUGGUAACGGUAGCUGCCCCAGGUCCUCAACUAGGCUCGGCGAGAGCCAAAGUCGUGAAAGUUCUGCGGCAUCCUUCAGCAGUUUAACGAGCUUCGAAACCCAAACUCUAGCGUCGACAAACACCAGCCCGGUAUCAACGCUGAAUGGAACCUCCAGCGAGGCAGAAGUCGCCAUCGUCCAUCGCGGUGGUAAGGACUGUGAUAGCGUGGCUAGCCUCAUUUCAAUGUCGAUUUCGGGCUUAUCGAACGGUAGCUCCAGCCCGCUGACGCCCCGGAGACACUCUGUUACCACUACUCAACCCGGGAAGAUUGAAGAACUCGGCGUCUUUAAGACACGAAGAACGUGCGUUCGAAGAUCAGGAAGAUCGGGAAUAAUCAAAGAAUCAACAGAUCCUAGAAUACACUUCGCCCAGUAUCGCUCGGUGCAAUUGACGUUGAAGCCACUUUUCUUUGAGGUGCCUCUGCUGGAGGCAGAUCCUAUAUUCACUGGGCGACAAUGGCUGGUGGACGAACUGGAUACAGUUGUAAGUGGUUCAUCUUCCGGUGUCCUAAUUUCCGGAUCUCCAGGUACAGGCAAGACGGCGCUCAUUCUCCAGCUUGUCGAGCACAGCUGCUUCGGGCGCCGGAGAGAACAAAUUCCACCUCCGGAAGACUAUGCCGAUAUUGAGGAUAGGGGGAAGUCGUCGAGCCCCCUCAUCCAAGUAUCGAUGCAGAACACGAAUGACAAGAUCCGUGAACUGGCAUCUCACGUCGUUGCUUACCACUUUUGCCAGGCAGACAACAAUAACACAUGCCUUGUCCCGGACUUGAUUCAUUCUCUGGCUGCGCAACUCUGUCAAGCUCCUCAACUAGUCGCCUACAGGGAAUACCUCCUCUCAGAACCUCAUCUUCAAGGAUCUGUUUCCCAAAGAGAAUGCACCGUUGACCCCGACCUCGCACUCACCAGAGGAAUCAUUGAGCCAAUGGUCACACUGCACAAAGCCGAUAGGUUGCCGUGCACUAAUAUGAUCAUCCUAAUCGAUGCCAUUUGCGAAGCUGAAUAUCACCGGCCAGACCGCGGCGAUACGAUUGCCUCUUUUUUAGCCAGACAUGCUUCUAACUUGCCCUCAUGGCUCAAGAUUAUCUGUACCGUACGAACACAACUUGAGGACUGCGCAAAACAGUUUCCCUUUGCGAGAAUAUCACUGGACAAAUCCACGGUCCACCCCAAAAGCAGUGAUAUCACCAGAGAUCUCACUGAUUAUGUGACUUAUCGGCUCAGCCAGAGCCCGUCGAUCCAGGCCAAUGUCAGCGGAGCUAAUCAAACCAGGUUUACCUCCCAUCUUCUGACUCUAUCGAAGGGAAACUUUCUAUUCGCCAAGCUGACCCUUGACCUAAUCGAGAGUGGACAUCUAGUCGCUAAAUCUGCAAGCUACAAGGUUUUACCCGUCUCUCUCGCUCAAAUAUUUCUACUGCACUUCAAUUUGAGGUUUCCAACCGCUACCUCCUUCGACAGGGUGCAACCCCUUUUGGGGGUCUGUUUGGCUGCACUAUACCCCCUGACACUCCUUGAGAUUUUCUAUUCCGUCAACGCUCUCAACAUCGACCAUUUCGUUUCUUGGCAAGACUUUCUCCAGAGAUUCAAGAUGUUGUCAGGAUUUCUGGUGAAACGUUUGGACAACACCUAUAUGUUCUUUCACCCAUCGUUCAGAGAGUGGCUAAUACGGCGAGAUGAGGGUGAGUCAACAAAGUUUCUUUGUGACCUCAGACUAGGACACGCUGCCAUAGCCUUCAGACUGUCACGGCUUCAAGCACCCCUCGAUGGUGACAAAGUCUUGGAGCUAGGGCACCAUGUUCUCAAGGCACACGUAUACCGCGGAGUUGCACCCAGCUGGCCUUCGCGUGAUCUACAGGCUUCGUGGUUGACAUCCUCGACUGAAAGCGUCUCAUCAGCAUUAUGCACUCUACGAAACAUUUACAGCCCGAAUGUAAAAGUUUCACGGCUACUUCUACUAGCCGGUGCAUCGCCUAACCAUGUCACUGAGUACCUGGGUAGUGCCCCUGUUCUCUGCAUGCAUGCUCACGAGGGAUCUGUGGAAAUGAUCUCCCUAUUACUCGAGUUUGGAGCUGACGUAGAGCUCACUAACAGUCAAGGUUGCACCGCCCUAUCUCUGGCAGCAGCUCGUGGUCACUGCGACGUAGUUCGAAGAUUAGCGGCUGCCGGUGCAUCACUAGGACACGCGGACAUGGCAGGGCAAUGUCCUCUAGUGCAUGCAGCAAGGCAUGCGAGGCUGUCUGUGGUCGGAUAUCUACUGGCAUGUGACUGGCUUGUCAAAGUGGCCCGAGGAACGGUAGAUUCCGAGGUCGGCAGGGCUGAAGCUGCACAGCAGGCUGUGGUUGCUGCUGCCGCGCAGGGCCACGAACAAAUUGUCGAGUACCUUCUCGACAUGGCCGAGGUCAAGGUGGACUGCCCUGACUCACUUACAGGAGAAACUGCGCUCACAACCGCUGCAGCUCAUGGCUCCACAGCUGUAGUUUGCGCUCUACUCGCUCGUGGUGCUAAUCCUGCUGCCGUAAAUGCCAAGGGCUUCUCGCCUCUGAUGCUUGCUGCUCGGGAUGGUCACUGGGGAGCAGCGGAGAGACUUCUUGAAGGUUCACUGUCCAGUAGCACUGACCAAAUUCUAGAUCAGGCCAAACCGCUUCUGAACCAACGCGAUCUUGUCGGACGCACUGCGUUGAUGGUAGCUGCGGCCGAGGGCCACUGUAACCUGGCCGAACUCUUCCUCGACAAUGGUGCAAUGCUAGAAGCUACCGACAAUGAAGGGUUGACGGCCGUAGGAUGGGCCUGCGUUCGAGGACGCAUAUCCGCUGUCCAGUCACUACUUGACCACGGCGCAAACAUUAAUACCACCGAUAAAACUGGCAGGACGCCUCUGGACCUUGCCGCAUUUCAGGGGAAUCCAAAGUUGGUACAGUUGCUGUUAGACAGGGGUGCUGCGGUUGAGCACGUUGACCUCCAUGGGAUGCGACCUCUUGAUCGAGCCAUUGGUUGCAGAAACAUACCUGUUGUUCAAUGUUUUUUGCGCCGUGGCGCGAAGUUGGGACCAGCUACUUGGGCAAUGGCGGCUGGGAAGCCGGACAUCCUUUUAAUCCUCUUGAACAAGUUGCUGGAAGAUGGAAAUGUUUUAUAUCGGAAGGGUCGACUAAAGGAAGCGUCACACCGCUACGGGUAUGCUCUUCGGAAGUUUCCAUCAACUUCUAUACAAAGUCUGAAUCAGGAUCAAGAACCAAAGGAGCAAGAGCGUGACAAGGAUCACCUUCUCUUGCAUCUUCCAACCUUUACUCAGCUGCGUCUGAAUUUCCUGCUGAACUUGAGCAGAUGCAAGCGAAAAAUGAACGAGGUCCAAGAAGCAAUUGAGCUCGCAAGCGAAGUACUGAAGACUAAGCCCGACUCCUACGAAGCAUUUUAUGCUCGCGCCAAGGCCAACGUAGACGCACGGCACUUCGAGGACGCUCUCUCGGACGUUAAGGAAGCUCUUCACAUCGCCCCACCGCACAAUCGUGAGGUACGAAGAGUUUUAUCCACUCUAAAGGAUGAGAUAUGCUCCAGAAAUGACGGGGCUGGGUCUAGUAGAGAUAAGCCCGACAACGGGUUUGGGUUUCACGUCUCAAUGGAUACGCUUACGGAACUCUAGUCUAUUAUCAAUCCCUACGGGUGAAUGGUUUCGUGAAAAUUCGGUUGGUUGCCAAAUCCUGAGCUGGAGUAUAACCAAGUUCAGAUAGACCGUAACGGUCCAUACCUGAGAAAAAAAAACUAAGUUCUCAUGUAAUGGAACAUAUAGCGAUGUUGUUCAGUAUUUGAAAUAUUUGAUACCAAAAUUUCAUUUCCUUCAUCAUGACGCUGUUAUCAAUAUUAUCCUUAGUGUCAUCAUCGAUGUCAUAAACAUAAUUCUAUGAUCAUAAUCAUUAUCAUCUUUCCAUUAGCACGAUAAACAUGGUAUAUUUUGUUGCCUUGUGAUUGAUAUGUAGAUGGAUACAUCAACUCGCUAUAUACCAAUCCCACCACAGAUUCGGUAAAAUACGUCAAAUGUCAUAAUCACGAUGCAGUGUCGCCACGCGUUGACUCUAGGGCCGCCUCGCUCUUUCUAGAUCUCUAUUUCAAUUUGAAAUCAAUUGCGACAUACAACGUAAUUUGGGUAUUAUAGCUUUAUCCUACAAAUAAUAAUUCUUUGUAGAAAAGUAUAACGUAUUUAUUAAAUAGUUACUAUUAGCAUGGCAAAAGAAUGCGAGAAAUAGGAUUUCUCGGGAUUCAAACGCAAAGCAUAUUUUAAGUAACAAUAGAAAUUUACUUUGUUGUAUUGUUAUAAAAUUAACUAUUACUCAUGGAUUUUUUACUUCACCAAUCGCAACAUCGCGACUGCCAGUAAAAUCGAUUCAGAUAUACCCAGGAAUAUAACAUGGCGUGGUACUUAAAAAUACCUUAUAUAGAUACAUGUACAAAGAACAUUUAUAAUUGUUAGUUCUGCCUAUAACCAACACAGAGUCAAUCCUGACUAUGUUGGCAAAAAUACCAAAAGUGCCCAGCACUUCUAAAAACUGACACAUCUCGCUUGUAUGUAACAUACACUUAUAAUUACGAUGUGUGUACAAAAGUUUUAUACUAUAAUAUACGGCAUAUCAAUUAACAAGGUAGGUUGUUUAUGUCAUAUAUAUAUAAAAAUACAUCAAACUUCUUGCCAGGCAUAACAAUAAUGAUAAUAUGCUGGUUGAAAUUCAUUACGAUACCUUUUCUACAUCUGAGACACAUAUUAACAUUAUCAGAUAUAUUUAGUUUAAGCGUGACGACGAGAUAUUCCGGCGAAAUGGUAAAAUUAUUUAUUAAAUCUUGAUGGUAGCUUAGAUAAUCUAUGGAAGUAGAUAAUUUCAAUGCUAUGCAAACCUAAUAGUAUUAGGUACUAAUGUGUGUCAGCAACGAAUAAACGAUGUUCUCACAGAGAA